GAUGGGGAGAGAGGGGAGUAAAGUGGGAAAGAAAGGGAGUGUAUGGAAGUAGUGCUAAGAUAGUUAAAUUAAUAAAUACAUUGCACGCCUGCCUUUUCAAUGCACGGAAGUGACCAUCUGUAUAAAGCCAUGGUCCUAUAGAGUGAAAUAAAACGCUACCAGUGUAUGGAGCAAAUAGUAUGAGUAAUGAAAUUGCUAUUAAAAAAAAAAAACUAGAAACGACAUGGAGUCCUGGAAUGAGAGAGGAACUGUCGGGUAUGGGACGAUUAAUUUGGUGAGAAUGGCAAGAGUUUUACCGUUAGCUGCAAGUUGAAAAGCUAUAUGCAUUAAUAUGUGAGAAAACAUACAACAGUGCAUUCCACAUUGAAAAGUACGAAUUGCUCAGGAAACAGGCACAGUACUUACAAACAUAAGGGAAUGAUGGACUGAGCUCCUCACACACGAAGGCCGCAGAAAGGACAUUCGGCACCGCCAUGGUUCCUCAAAUCCCUCUGUCGCGGCGCUGGUGGCUUGUUGCCUGCGUAUGCCUCGCUGCCUUGCUCUUCUGUGUCUUGCUGUGGCCAGGAAAGCUAUAUUCAAAAUCACGGCCUGCCGUCCUGCCUCGUGGGCGGCUCCUCAGAAGUAGUGAUGGAGGCCUGCAGAGGAGACCACGCCUUAGGCCGGGGACUCAGGAGCCGAGGGUAAUUUGUAUGGUGGUGACCACGCCGCAACACCAUCGAGGGAGAUCACGCCACCUCAAGGCUACGUGGGGCCACUGGGGAAACGGCGCCUACCCCAAAACAGUCUUUCUUUCUUCCAUACCCGAUGACGUCCUGCAAAACGUCAUUUCUCACAUUUUUCAAGGCAUCUUGAAUGACCUCUCCCACAUGCCUUCCAGUGUUUUCAUCCUCUACGAGGACCUCUGGGGAAAGGUUGUGGAUGGCUUUCUGCAGCUAAACGCGUCUGCGGCUGACUGGUUCCUGAAGGCUGAUGACGACACUUUUCUAAUCUACCCUAACUUGUUGAAUCUCCUGGAGCACCUCGAUCCUUCAGAGGCUCUCUAUCUCGGCUUGCCCCUAAUCUACCGGCCAGAGGAAGGGGAGGAAAUAACCUACAUGAGCGGCGGAGCGGGGUACGUGCUGAGCAGAGCCGCCCUCACCAGGCUGCAGGCCGCUCGCGACCUUGCAUACUGCCGCUACCCGGGCCACACUCGAUAUGAAGACGUCAACAUGGGUUACUGCAUGGCCUCUCUCGGCGUGCGCGCGGCCGACACCCGGGACGGCCUGGGGCGGCCAAGGUUCCUGCCAUACCCACCGUGGCGCCUUCUCCAGCCUGAACCUCAUCCAGACUUCGCCUGGCUGGUUAACUUUAGCAAAUACAAAUUUCGCUUCGGCCCAGAGAGCCUCAGUGACCUUGUAAUAACCUUUCAUGAAAUCCGAGACCCCGUGGACUUCUACUUGAUACAAUAUUUGGUGAACGAUCUGCGACUCCUACCGCCGAGUGCCUCACGUCCCUUCACGCUCUCCCAAACUCCUUCACCGUGAGCUGCUCACUAUGAAUGAGACACAAUGCUCACCACCUCUUCUCGCCCAUGGCUGCCUAGCUAAUUCUGUGCCCAGAACCCUUCUUCGGCACGGCCAGGAGGUGUACAAGGCUGCAUUUCACCUGAUUUCACCACGACUUCAGCUCCUCCGGCAAGACCCAAUGGACUGGGACAGCCCAGCCCAGUUAUCUGAUUUCGUGAGAAACUUUUGACCUUUAUGUCUUCAGUACAUUUUAUGCAAGAAAACUCAGAAUCUGUUAUGUCUCGUAAUAUCGAAUUUAUUUCAGGUAAAACUUCAGAGUGUAAAAAAAAAGAACAAAAGUCUGGAAGUUCGAAGGCCCAGCCGCUCUCCACAACAUUAGCACGACCUUAGGACAUCAGUGUAUGAUGACACCACACAGUCAUUGUGAAGAAACAAAUACUGUAAAAGAAUAAUUGGUAAUUCAUUUUCCAGAAACUGUUGCAUUGCAAUACAGAUUAAUAUAGCAGG